AUGCAUUGCAGCAAGCUGUUCAAGAUCCUCCGGAAGAAAGAGUGCAACAUCUUCUCAGAGCUGAGCGAGUCGAUGUGGUCCCACAUCCGCCACGUCAUCGUGGAUUCGAUCCUUGCUACGGACUUUGCCGUGGAGUUCGAAUCCAUGUACGGGGUGAACGCGGAGCUCUUCGAUACCGCGGACGAGCUGCAGCUGGCUCAGCUUGAGUUGGUCGGUCUGUACAUGGUCUCGGAGGAGUUCCCGCCACGGGAGCUGAUGGAGUAUUUCAAGACCCCCGAUGUCAAGAAGACCCUCAGGACGGUGCUGUUGCACUUCAGCGACAUCUCUAAUCCCAUGAAGCCCUUCCCGGUGGCGGAGCGCUGGGCGGAGCUGGUGCUCCAGGAGUUUGCCCUGCAGGGGGACGAGGAGAAGGCCUUAGGCAUCCCCGUGGGCCCCUUGAACGACCGGGACUCGGUGAACAUGGCCAUGUCACAGAUCGGAUUCAUCGAGUUCGUGGUGGCGCCUUUGGCCUUGGCGCUGGCUCGCAUCCUGCCGCCGAUCUAUUUUACCAACCAGAUGAUCAUCGACAAUGCCAACAUCUGGGUGGACAAAUGGAUCGAGGGAACCUUGCUGAAGCCCAGCCUGGAGGAACAGGCGCGGAGGGAGGCCCCGGUUGCGCGGUUCUGUGCCAAGCGAGUUGCCCAUAUCCACUUGGUGUUUUCUUUGAAGGGGCUUCCCUUUGCGGGGUUUCUUGUUUUUUUUUUCUAUUUGGGGGGGGGGGGGGGAGGGUAG